ACCUGACAGAAUACAGGGAGAAACUAUCCCACUAGCUGAUAUACUGUAGUUGCUCCACACACACUGUUAGACACAGACAGAGAGAGAAGGAGAGAGGUGAAGGCAGAGACAGAGGAAGAGACAGCUGUGGAGUGAGAUAGAGAGAACUUCAGGAAGAGAGCAAGAGAGAGAUAGAGAGAUUUAGAAUUUGACAGAGAAUUAGAGGGAAAGGAGGCACACACAGCACUCACCCUCCACUGACCCCUCGUCUUACCCUUAUCUCCUCACUUACAACAUCCUGAGGCAGAGACACACAGCUCUACCAGCGCAGAGAUGAGAUGACUGGACACACACUAACACACACAUUUUCUCUCUGUUGAAAGAAGACCAGAAUACACACUUUCUUUUUGUUUUCUAUCUCAGCUCUUGCUCUCGUUCUUGGACAGGAAAAAAAGGAUUACAGUUCAUUUCUUCAGCACAGUCUUUAUUCACCAAAAGCCCCGAGUCACGUUGGACAAUUUGGAUACGUUCCUCUUUUCUUUCUCCCUCCCAGAGCUCAGAGCAACAUGGCACAGGGACAAAAGAACCACAGCAACAGCAGGCAGCAGCGGGCACAACUACUCACUACCCCCUUCUCCACCAUGGCACUGUCCCUCUCCAUGUCCUUCUUCCUCCUCCUCCUCUUCCUCACCUCCCCUGUCUCGACCGCCGACGAAUACGACUACUACAGCUGGCAAUCAGACAACUUCCACAACGGUCGUUUCUACACGAAGCAGCCGCAGUGUGUGGACAUCUCUGCCGAUUUACGCCUCUGUCACAACGUGGGCUACAAGAAGAUGCGCCUCCCCAACCUGCUGGACCACGAGACCAUGCCGGAGGUCAAACAGCAGGCGGGUAGCUGGGUGCCGCUCCUCGCCAAGCGGUGCCACGCAGAUACACAGGUGUUCCUGUGUUCCCUUUUCGCCCCAGUGUGUCUGGACAGGCCCAUCUACCCGUGCCGCUCGCUGUGUGAGGCCGUGAGGGAUAGCUGUGCCCCCGUUAUGGAAACCUAUGGGUUCCCUUGGCCAGAGAUGUUGACCUGUGAUAAGUUUCCUAUUGAUAAUGAUCUGUGUAUCCCCAUGCAGUUUGCUGGGAACCAGGCCACCCCGGCUCCAGCAUCUAAAGCCUGCCCUCCAUGUGACAACGAACUGAAAGCUGACACCAUUAUGGAACAUUACUGUGCUAGUGACUUUGCUAUCAAGAUGAAGAUCAAAGAAGUGAAGAAAGAGAAGGGUGACCGUAAACUCAUCGCUGCCCAGAAGAAGAAGAAAGUGCUCAAGAUGGGUGUCCUGCGUAAGAAGGACUUGAAGAAGCUGACACUGUACAUAAAAAACGGAGCCAACUGCCCCUGUGCUCAGCUCGACAGUCUUGGCAGUAACUUCCUGAUCAUGGGACGUAAGGUGGACCAGCAGCUGCUGCUCAUGUCCAUCCACAAAUGGGAGAAGAAGAGCAAGGAGUUGAAGUUCGCCAUCAAGUACAUGAAGAGUCAUCAGUGUCCCACCUAUCAUACUGUCUUCCAGUGACCUUAGUGAUACAACAAUCCCAUCCCUACUCCCAGUCUUCCCCAGUUGUCCCCCCCUCUCCCGUCUAUCCUUCCAUUGUCCUACCUAUCAUACUGUUUUGCUGUGACACUGUGGAGAUGUAUCCUUCAUAUCCAGUGGUGUUGUCAUGCCUGUAGAAGUGGGUAUACUCUAAUUCUGCCAAAAAUAAUCCCAAAUGGCCCGUCAAAGGAAAGGCAAAAAAUAUAUUUUCCUAUCGUUUCUAUGUAUUUUUCUAAAGAUUUUUCAGGUUUUCACUCUCAGAAUCACACUUUUUUAUAUAUUGAAAAACGAUAACAAAUGUAUGUUCUAAGUCCGCAAUAAUAAUGCUUAAACCACAUCAGGGGACCAUUUUUGAGGCCUGGGAAAAAUCGUAAUAAAAUAUUUUUGGCAGGUA